AGAGAGAUUCAUGUGUUCCUCGAGCGACAAAGCCUUGAAAAUUCAAGUGUGUGCCUGGAUCAGUGAUCGUGUACAUUACUAGUACAGCACAACCGAGCGAGAUAAUACAGCACCGUGUGUUGUUGUUUCCUUCUUCUUUUUUUUUGCUUUGUUUUGUUUUUGCCCAUCAAAUGUGACUCUAUCCGUGAACUACUCUUCGCAAUCCGUACGUAGUAAACGUUCGCGAAAAAUAAAUGUACAAUAAUUUUACAGUUAAAUGAUAUCUUGUGUACAGUGGCGAUGAAUUUCGAUGAUCGCUCGCUGCUGGAAUUAACCGAGAGGAAGCAAAUAUUUAUUUGUCAACGCGCGCACGUUUAACGAGAUCUCUGUACCGUUUUGAUUUUUCAAAUUUUACACGCUUGUAGAAAAGUAUGUGAGAACAGUAACUUGUAAUUUAUAACGAUUGUCCCGUUUUGUGUUGUAGAAGCUUUUUUAUAUUUAUUUUUAAAUAACUCGUGUGUAACUUCGCAAAGUGAACAAACGUGAUAGUCUGUGGUGAAUCCUAAGGGAAGAACGUAGCUGAAAUUUAAUCGAAAGACUCGUCCCGAUCUGCAAUACUAAAAUUGCGAAUUACAUUUCUACGCUUGAUAUGAGAAGUAGACAUUUCGAUUGAGGAAUAAAUAAAAUCUUGUGAAAUGGGAUUUUCUAAUAGCUUACAAGGUCAACCUGCACACGAAGCUCUUCUGGGUCGGCAAGAUGCAGAAAUUAAACUUCUCGAGAUUAUGCGCAGAUGUCUUACUUCCAAAAUCAAGUCAGAUAGAGAGUAUGCCUCAAAUAUAACAUCUCUUACUAUGCAAGGGAGAAAGAUAGACAAAUCUGAUGAACUAGCUGGCAGCUUAAUUACACAGAGUUGGAAAGACCUCAUGGAAUCAAUUGAACAAAUUGCCAAGUUAGUAAGACAACAAGCUGAUUCGAUGGAGAGUGUCGUUAUCGAACAAAUAACAGCUCUUUAUUCUGAACGCAGAAGAGCUAGAAAACUAUAUCAAGAAGAACAUACCUGGUUAAACAAUCAGUUUCAGCAGUUAACAGAUGAUGUGACCAGAAAAAAAUCUGAAUACUUCAAAAACUUGGAAAGUUAUAAACUGAUGAGAUCUCGUUUUGAAGAGCAUUAUGUAAAAUCUGGCAGAGGAGGACGAAAACUUGAUGAAGUCAGAGAAAAGUACCAAAAAGCAUGCCGUAAAUUACACCUUACGCACAACGAGUAUGUACUUUUGUUGUGUGCAGCUUCAGAAUGUGAACUGGAUUUGAGAACGUGUUAUUUACCUAGUUUAUUAGAAAGACAACAAAUUGUUCAUCAAGAAUUCAUUGUUUCAUGGAAAAACAUCAUGCGAGAUUUUGUAUCAUAUGCAGAUUUCACAAAUGAGAAAUUUUUAGACGUUCAUAACCGAAUGCAAAAUGCUGUUGAUAAUAUUAAACCUGCCGAUGAGUAUAAAGAUUUCAUAGGAAAACACAGAAGCAGACCAUUAUCUCCUGUGAGAUUCAGUUUUGAUGAUAAUCUUGUUGAUGAUACUUCUGGAAAACUUUUACCCAAUAAAUUGACUGUUGAUAAUUUAACAAUUGAUUGGUUGAGAAGUCGUGUGUCUGAACUAGAAACAUCUAUUAAAGUGACUCAAUCUCAUCGCCUAGUUAUUCAAUCCAAUAUGGAAAAUAAUUGUGAUAAAAAAUCAUAUACUGAUUAUGCUCAAAAACAAGAAGACAUGAGGCUACUCUGCCAAGAAAAAAAAUUUCAAAGACAACUUGAAGUGAUUCGAGGAGCUUUAAAUGAGCUUGGUUGUGAAGAGGUACCUUCUGGGUGUGAUUUAUCUAUGGAAGGAUCUUUUUCUGAAUCGGCUAAGCCGUCCUCACCACGAGCAACAAGUACGAAUAAUCAAAAAGAAAGUGGCAAUAGCAGUUUAGCGGAAGAAGAAUGGUUUCACGGGGUUUUGCCUCGGGAGGAAGUCGUUCGACUAUUGGUUACCAAAGGUGACUUUCUUGUUCGGGAAACCACUCGAAAUGAUGAGAGCCAAAUUGUUUUAUCCGUCUGUUGGGACGGCCAUAAACAUUUUAUUGUUCAAAUUACACAAGAGGGGUAUUUCCGAUUUGAAGGUCCAGCAUUUCCGUCAAUACCUGAGCUUAUAGCGCACCAGCUAAAAUGUGGAUUACCUGUAACUAGUCGUUCGGGCGCUAUACUCAAAACUCCGAUUACGAGAGAAAGAUGGGAACUUAAUAACGAUGAUGUAGUGCUAUUAGACAAAAUUGGCAAAGGAAAUUUCGGAGAUGUUUAUCGGGCGUUAUUGAAAAAUAAGACUGAAGUAGCUGUAAAAACUUGUAAAAUGACUUUACCCGAUGAACAAAAACGUAAAUUUCUUCAAGAAGGACGGAUAUUGAAGCAAUAUGAUCAUCCAAACAUAGUAAAGCUCAUUGGAAUCUGUGUCCAGAAGCAGCCCAUUAUGAUUGUCAUGGAGUUGGUAUCUGGUGGAUCGCUUCUGGCAUAUUUGAGGAACAAUCGAGCUACUAUGACUCAACUACAACUAUUACAAAUGUGUAGAGAUGCUGCUGCUGGUAUGAGUUACUUGGAAUCUAAAUGUUGCAUUCACAGAGAUUUGGCAGCACGAAAUUGUCUAAUAAGUCACGAAUCUACAGUUAAAAUAUCGGAUUUUGGCAUGUCAAGAGAAGAACAAGAAUACAUAGUUUCUGAUGGCAUGAAGCAAAUACCAAUCAAGUGGACUGCUCCAGAGGCUCUAAAUUUCGGAAAAUAUACUUCAUUAUGCGAUGUUUGGAGCUAUGGUAUUCUAAUUUGGGAAAUAUUUUCGAGAGGUGGCUAUCCUUACAGUGGUUUAUCCAAUUCCCAAGCUCGUGAAAAAAUUGACGCAGGAUAUCGAAUGCCACCACCAGACGGUACACCAGAUGACAUUUACAAGUUAAUGUUACAAUGCUGGGAGUAUGAUCCAGAAAAAAGACCGCACUUUGAUAUAAUUUAUUCUAUAGUCGACAGUGUAACUCAACGACAUGUAUUAGCCCAACAAACAUGAAAGAAAAAUUGUGAUAAAAAAAUUAAGUGCCUUAUUAUCACGCAUUAAGUUCAAUUAUCAGAUUUAAAUUAUUGAUUAUAUUUAAAAAGUGCAAUUAUACCUAUAUUUUUUAAAUCGACUUACUGAGGACAUAGCUUUUUGCGUGCUUUAACAAUAAUACAAUGUGAUAUAACUUUUUAAAUAGUUUUUUGAAUUUUUCAUUUUAAAAAUCUUUUUCAUUAUCUAAUACUUUUUAAUAAAAAAAAAACUGAAGUCUUGACUUCCUUUUUAAAAUGUCUACUUUACAUAGAAUAAUAACGAAUUAGCAACUCAUUACAUGAUUUUUUUUCAUUUUGUCAUUUGUAUAGAUAUUUUUAAAUAAACACCUGAAUAAAACA